AUGUCACAUUUUCUUCCUGCUUUGUGGGUUCUGGGAUUUUUCGUCCAUGGCAUCACAAAAUCCACACUGAGACCCUCAGAAUUUCAUUUGAAAGGAGAUUAUUUACUUGGUGGACUUUUUGACAUCCAUUAUGUGAGCUCAUCUCGUUAUCAGCGCAGACCUGAAGCCAUUGAUUGUUCCCGUGAAAUUUUCCUUCUUCCAAAUUACCGGAGGUUUCAGUUGAUGAGAUUCACGGUUGAGGAAAUAAAUAAUUCCACCACCUUGCUGCCAAAUAUUAGCCUUGGUUAUGAGAUUUUUGAUAUCUGUUUAGACACACUUAGCCUACCAGGGAUCUUUAAACUCAUCUCAGUGAAUGGCUCCAUCCAGCCAUGGCCUGACCCAUCAAAGAAUCGCUCCAAAAUAGUGGCUCUGGUUGGUCCUUUUACAAGCACACAGAGCAUGACUGUUGCUCCACUUUUUAUGAUGGAUCACACUCCUAUGGUCAGUUAUGGAUCCUCUGCUUCAGUUUUUUCCGAAAAACUCAAAUACCCCUCAUUUUUCCGAACCGUGCACCCCAACAAAGACACUAUAAAUGUCAUUGUCGCAAUUUUCCAACACUUCAACUGGCGCUGGGUUGCUUUCCUGUACAGCAAUAAUGACUUUGGCAUCGACGGCCUGGAGAGGUUCAUCGAGAGGAUAAAAAACACUGACAUCUGCCUGGCAUAUACCAAGGCCCUCAGUGAAAACACAGAUCUCUCACAAAUCCUCAAACAAAUAGAUGCAGAUAACAUACAUGUAAUUGUUGUUUUUGCACCAAAAAUAUAUGCUGAAGCUGUCAUUAAAACUGCAAUUCAGCUAAAGGUGACCAACAAAGUGUGGAUAGCAGAUGAUGGAUGGUCUUUAAACAAAGUUCUUCAAAAAAUGGAAGGAAUCAAACAUAUUGGAACUGUGCUUGGAGUGGCUCAGCCUCUAGUAACAAUUCCUGGUUUUCAUGAUUUUAUCAAUUUUACUCAAGGUCAGGUACCUAAAGCAGACUCUGAGCAGCAGACCUUUUGUAAUCAGGUUUGCAACUGCAGAAAUUUGACUGCUGGAGAUAUUCUUGCAGCAGAUCCCUCAUUCUCUUUCCCGGUUUAUUCUGCUGUGCAUGCUGUUGCUCAUGCCUUACACAACAUCCUAGAAUGUGGAACUGGCAGAUGCAAUGACAAUAUAUCCGUCCAACCACUGAUGAUGCUAGAUGAACUCAAGAAGUCCAAUUUCACGUUGUUAAACCAGAGUGUUCAAUUUAAUAAGAAUGGAGACCCCCGAUUUGGACAGCUUUCAAUAGUUUUCUGGAACCAAAGUGGAGAUGCUCAGGAGGUUGGCUUUUACCAUUUUAGCCCAUCUCCAACUUUCUUCAUCAAUGACACCCUAAUUCAGUGGCACACAGACGGGGAGGUACCGAUCGCAUUAUGUUCCCCAGAAUGUCCAACUGGAUAUGCAAAAAAACUAAUUGGAAUCCAUGAAUGUUGCUUCAGGUGUGAAAUGUGUCCAAAUGAAACUUACUUAAACAUUACAGAUGAUCCCUACAACUGCAUCAACUGUAAGGAGACAGAGUGGUCUCCAGCAGGAAGUGCAUUAUGUCACCCACGACUGGUGGAGUAUGUACCGUUCACAGACAGCAGGGCAAUACUGUUGAUGGUCGGAACCUUGAUCUUGGUGGGUCUUAUUCUAGCUGUAUCAUUUCUCUUUGCCAUCAACUACAACACACCUGUUGUCAGAUCUGCUGGAGGACCAAUGUGCUUCCUGAUUUUAGGCUGCCUCACUCUCUGUUGUCCCAGUGUGUUCUUUUACUUUGGUAGGCCUACUAAUGCUUCCUGUUACUUGAGGUAUUUCCCAUUCCUUUUGUUCUACACUGUUUGUCUUGCAUGUUUUGUUGUACGAUCUUUUCAGAUUGUUUGCAUUUUUAAAAUAGCUGCAAAGUUCCCGAAACUCCAAAGCUGGUGGAUAAAAUAUCAUGCCCAGUGGCUGUUGAUCAAUGGGACAUUCUUGAUUCAAGCCUUGUUGGUUCUUCUUAGUUUUUCUUUUUAUCCUCCCAGACCAUACAAUGAAACAUCAUGGUAUCCAGACCAAAUUGUUCUAAGCUGUGACUUAAAUCUAACAGCAGCAUCUUGUUCUUUUUUUAUUCCCUCAUUAUUAUGCUGUCUUUGCUUUAAUUUCUCUUACAUGGGAAAAGACCUUCCAAAGAAUUACAAUGAAGCCAAAGCCAUAACCUUCUGCCUACUGCUGCUGAUCUUCACCUGGAUCUUGUUUGUUACUGAAUACCUUCUUUACCGAGGAAAAUACAUCCAUACUCUCAAUGCUCUGGCAGUUCUUUCAAGUCUUUACUCUUUUUUGCUGUGGUAUUUCCUCCCAAAAUGUUACAUCAUGAUCUUUCAAUCCCAUAAAAACACACAGAAGUACUUUCAAGGUCUCAUUCAAAAUUAUACCAAAACAAUUUCACAGUAG